AUGCCUUAUCACGAUAAUUCUAUGGUCCCAAGAGAUGUAUGUUUUGUGGACGGUGACUCUAUUUCUGUUGGUUCCUUGACUGCAGCUUCAUUGACAUACUCGGAAGACGAAGUUGUUUUGAGUCCACCCAAACGAUGGAACUGUGAUGCUGGCUUGGAACCAAAAACAAGGCAAAGGAAUCACAACGUAUUCAAACCUCCGGCUGUUCUCCCAGUCAGCCAUGGUCCCUUUCGAGACCCAGAAUUUUUUCCACCAUUUGCUUCGAUGAAGUCGCAACUGACGGCUGUGGAAAGUUGUGAUGAUGAUGACGAAGCUGAAAAUGACUCUGAUGCGAAGCGAAGAUUCACUUGCAAUGUAUUCGGAAGCAACAGAAUUUCGACACAUGCUCGGAUGGAGAUGUUUCGACAUCAAAUUUCAAAACCAUUUCGCGUGUUGCCAUUUCCAAGUGCCCCACGAAUUGACACAAGUUGCAUGGGAAAGAGUAUACUUCAAUCUGUAGCGAACCAGGUACAGAAUACAAGCGCAUUGGACUGCAACAAGUCUCGAAAGCUUGUACGACAAGGGCCGAAAGAAAAUGGCUGCGAACCCGACAAAAUUUUCCGCUUUGGUAUUUCUAACCACGAAGGGUACCCCUCUGACGAGGAAAUGGAUCGAAGAGAACCAAUUCAAUCUACGAAAGACACGCCAUUAGGGGGAAAACUUGAUCGUUUGAACACUACAUCGCCAUUGAGCAAUCAAUCCUUCGACUUUUCAAUGGACAAAGCGGAGUUGUCACUGUCCAAUGACACCCAUUGGUUAUCACUAGUGGCGACGGAUGAAAGCAGCGUUGAAGAGUGCGGAGUAGAGCUGAAGCUUGAGCUUGAUUAG